AUGUCCAUAAAGCCUCGCCGAUUUCUACCGUCGGUAACCAUUUUCUUUGUAAUCACCACCUUUGCAUACCCCAUCAACGGUUUGGAAUCAAGGAAACUUGAUGAGAGCACAGUACCAGGUGAUCAAGGCGUAAAGUGUACCCCGUCAUGCAUACAAAGUCCGCCACCGCCGCCGCCUUCGCCACCACCUGCAUGUCCUCCACCACCUGCACUGCCACCGCCUACUCCAAAAAAGCCACCUACACAAUACUGUCCACCACCACCAGUGCCACCUAGUCCACCAUCCUACAUAUACAUAACCGGUCCACCGGGGAAUUUAUACCCAACUGACCAGAGUUUUGGUGGAGCAGACCGGAAUGUUGCGGUGGGGUUAUUGGCUCUGGUUUCUGGAUUGUUUCUCCUACUCGGUUUUUGA